CAGCCCACGUUCAUAAAUUUCAUCUUUCACUCCUGCACUCCACUCAUCAAAAAUCUCCCAAACCCUUCCUAAAACCCUAAACCCACGCGCUAAUGUACGGACACAACAGCACCGCAUUCCCACGCGCCGCCGACUUCCAGUUCCAGGGCUCGCCACCGGCUCACCCGUUGCUUUAUCAUGAGCAGCUGCUCGUCUCAGCUGAGUUCAGCAACAGCUGCAGCAGCUGCUCCAGCAGCUACGGCGCCUCCCCGAUCAGCAGCGGGACUGGUGGUGGUGCUACGCUGAUUCAGCGCAGCGUCAGCAGCCAUUCGCUCCAGAAGACCUCUUGCGGGACCCACAGGCUGGUCUCCGACUUGCUCGAGUCAGAGACCGGCCCCGUCCGCAGGGUUUACAGCACCGGAGACUUGGAUUUGCAGCUGAUAAAUAAUGUGAACAAUGGAAUGCCACAGCAAUUGCAAUAUUGUAGUUACAAUAGAUCAUCAUCAGAAACUAGUCCCUUGUCGAGUGAGAGCAGUAUGAUCAUAGAAGGGAUGAGCAAAGCCUGUCGAUAUAAUCCCGAGGAGAAGAAAGAGAGAAUUGAGAGGUAUAGAAACAAGCGCAACCUCAGGAACUUCAACAAGACCAUUAAGUAUGCUUGCCGGAAGACGUUGGCGGACAGCCGGCCGCGCAUCAGAGGACGAUUUGCAAGGAAUGACGAAAUUGAGAAGAACUCUCCUGUUCAGUGGAGUCACAUAAGUGGGGAGGAGUCUCCUGUUCAGUGGAGUCGCAUAAGUGGGGAGGAAGACGAGGAGGACGACGACAGUUGGAUCAACCUUCUGGAUGCAUUCUCUUCGAUUGAAUCUAAUUCCAUGAUCUAGUAUAACAUAAAGGACCACUCUAUGUGUCAUGUUUUAGCAAGUAGCUAGGAAAAUUUUAGGCUGCUUGGUUUGAACUUUAAUUAUUAUUGUUAUUACUAUUAUUAUGCAGAAUGCCGCACUUUAAGCGCUA